AUGCAGUCCAGUUGUGUGUUGGUGGUCGUCUUGGCCUUGGCUGCCUUGGUGGCCGCUCGUCCCGAGCCGCCGCGUGACUCUUACAGUGCUCCGCCAUCCAGCAGCUAUCAGCCAAGUGGACCCAGUGGAGGCUAUGGUGCACCAGCUCCUCAGUAUGGACCACCACAGCAGCCACCGGUGGUGCACAAGCAUGUCUAUGUCCAUGUGCCGCCACCAGAGCCGGAGUACCAGGCACCCAGGAAACCCCUGUAUGUGCCACCCCCGCAGAAGCACUACAAGAUCGUCUUCAUCAAGGCCCCAUCUCCGCCAGCACCUACCGCUCCCAUCAUUCCCCAGUUCCCACAGAACGAGGAGAAGACCCUGGUCUAUGUGCUAGUCAAGAAGCCGGAAGAGCAGCCCGAGCUCAUCAUUCCCACGCCGGCGCCCACACAGCCCAGCAAGCCGGAGGUGUACUUCAUCCGCUACAAGACCCAGAAGGAGGAGACCGGUCCGUAUCCCAACAGUGUGGCGCCACCGGCACCCGAGUACGGAGCACCAGCUGCCCCUCCGGCGCCCUCGGCGCCCAGCAGCUCCUACGGAGCCCCAUCCCACUAA